CUAAGCGCUCCCGAGGUCAGAGGCUUAAGUCUAAGGCACUGAGUGUAUGAUGUUGAAGAUGAGCGGGUGGCAGCGACAGAGCCAAAAUCAGAGCUGGAACCUGAGGAGAGAGUGUUCAAGAAGGAAGUGUAUCUUCAUACAUCACCACACCUGAAAGCAGACGGAUCCAACUGCAGAGAUGGCAGCUGAGUCAUUGCCUUUCUCCUUCGGGACACUGUCCAGCUGGGAGCUGGAAGCCUGGUAUGAGGACCUGCAAGAGGUCCUGUCUUCAGAUGAAAAUGGGGGUACCUAUGUCUCACCUCCUGGAAAUGAAGAGGAAGAAUCAAAAACCUUUACCACUCUUGACCCUGCUUCGCUGGCUUGGCUGACUGAGGAGGAGCCAGAACCAGCAGAGGUCACAAGCACCUCCCAGAGCCCUCGCUCUCCAGAUUCCAGUCAGAGCUCCUUGGCUCAGGAGGAAGAGGAGGAAGACCAAGGGAGAACCAGGAAACGGAAACAGAGUGGCCAUUCCCCAGCCCGGGCUGGAAAGCAGCGCAUGAAGGAGAGAGAACAGGAGAAUGAAAGGAAAGUGGCACAGCUAGCUGAAGAGAAUGAACGCCUCAAGCAGGAAAUCGAGCGCCUGACCAGGGAAGUAGAGGCGACUCGUCGAGCUCUGAUCGACCGAAUGGUGAAUCUGCACCAAGCAUGAACAAUUGGGAGCAUCAGUCCUCCACUUGGGCCACACUACCCACCUUUCCCAGAAGUGGCUACUGACCACCCUCUCACUAGUGCCAAUGAUGUGACCCCCCAAUACCACAUAUUCAGGGGGAAGGCUUGGAGUAGACAAAAGGAAAGGGUCUCAGCUUGUAUAUAGAGAUUGUACAUUUAUUUAUUACUGUCCCUAUCUAUUAAAGUGACUUUCUAUGAGCCAA